GCAGAACCUUAAAACAUUCCGACUCAGACACAAUGAGAUACUCCGGUCGUGUUUAGUGCUCAAGCUGCUGACAAACAUUAUCUUAAUAUCAACGUUUAAGGGUUCAUCUUACAUCUUGUGACCUAACAUGUUUCCCUGAUCAAACCAAAAAUAUGGGAAUCACCAUCUGUGUUUAACUGGACCUAAAUGGAGAAAUAUAAUCCAAAAAAUCAGAUAAGAUUCUAAAUGACAACUGAGACUCACAAAGAAUAAGGAAUUUAGAAGAGGAGAUGAAUGGAUCAGCCUCCCACACUGCGAGACAGAGCGUGAGUGAAGGUCUAUCUUAUUGUACUUCCCCCUGUGGCAAACAUUGUCACUAAUAACGAAGUGAGGCACGAUGAGUGGCCAUAUCUGGGCUGCAUUGCUCUUUCUGUGCAUGUGCUUAGAGCUCGGGGGAAGCAGUGCUCGUCUAAAAAGAUGGAAGAGUGAGGAAACAGCAAGGAAAGAAUUUCAGGUGGAGCGUCUAGACAUGGAGGAAAGGCAAAGUGAGAUGUCAUUUACCAACACAGCAGGAACGCCAAGUUUAGCAAAGAAAAAUGAGGAUCAUUUGAUGAUUUCACCAAAAAGAAACAAAGAUGCAAUUGAGUCUGUAUCAGGACUGCAUCAUGCACAGAUGGAAGAAACUGCAAAAUUGGAAUUUGAAAUCAGAGUGACUCCAGUUUCGUUGUAUGGCACGAGUAUGAACACAGAUUCUACUCCACAUAAUAUGAAUAAUUAUUAUCCCAAAUCCAAAGAUAUCCCCGAAAUCACAAAGAUGACAUUAUUAACUCUUAGCCAGGACCAAGAUCGUUUCAUUCCCACUGAUCGAACUCCUGCAGUAGAGGAAACUAAAACUGACAGAUCCACUCUGGAUGGCCCAUUGGAUAUCAGUGUGAACCCUCUGAAGCCUCCACCUGGGUUAAAUAGCAGCGGACAGGAAGUAAAAAAAACUGUAAUGAUGGGAAACCAGGAAUCAGACAGCAGUGGGGAUUUCCACAGGAACUUUACUGGACGGGAUGAGAUGCCUUCACAAUCCCGCAGCCGAAGAAGCUGGAUCUGGAACCAGUUUUUUGUGAUAGAGGAAUAUAGUGGACCAGAACCAGUGCUGAUUGGACGGCUUCAUUCGAGUGUGGACAGGGGUGAUGGACGAACCAAAUACAUAUUAAAAGGUGAGGGGGCCGGUUCGGUGUUCGUUAUUGACAGCAGAACAGGGAACAUCCACGUCACCAAACCCCUUGACCGUGAGGAAAAGGACCAAUACCGCCUUAUCGCCACGGCAACAGACCGGCAGACGGGCCGAGCCCUGGAGCCUUCAUCCCAGUUCAUCAUCCGUGUGCAAGACAUCAAUGACAACCCACCUGUGUUCCAGGACGGCCCUUACAGCGCCACCGUGCCUGAGAUGGCCAACAUCGGCACAUCGGUUAUUCAAGUGACAGCCACAGAUGCUGAUGAUCCAACGUAUGGGAAUAGUGCCAAACUUGUGUAUUCAGUGGUUCAAGGCCAGCAGUACUUCACCGUGGACCCGCAGUCAGGUAUCUUGCGCACAGCGGUCCCUGAUAUGGACAGGGAAGCUCAGGCGCAGUACCAGGUGGUGCUCCAGGCAAGAGACAUGGGCGGCCAUCAAGGGGGUCUGACAGGGACAACCACUCUCACCGUGCACCUCAGUGAUGUCAAUGACAACCCACCUCGCUUCACUCAAAUUAUGUGGUCAUUUUCAGUCUCUGAAUUGGCCGUCCCCGGGGUGGAGAUUGGUCGUCUCUCGGCAACAGAUGCAGACCUGGGUGAAAACGCUCGGAUGGACUUUAUGAUCGUGGACGGAGAGGCAGGGGACACCUUCAACAUAACUGGAUUGAACCAAGAGGCUGUGAUUUUAUUAAACAAGGCUGUGGACUAUGAGAGGCGAAGCACCUACACUCUCGCAGUGGAGGUGCAAAACCCAAACGUGGACUCACGAUUCCUCAGACGAGGUCCGUUUAAGGACCGGGCAAUGGUGCGUAUCACGGUUCUGAACGCAGAUGAGCCGCCGAAGUUCUCCCGUUCACGGUACCGGCUGGAUGUGUCGGAAAACUGUCCUCCAGCAUGUGUGGUGGGAAGAGUGGCCGCUGUGGACCCGGAUACAGGCCUCAGUAACAACAUCAAGUACUCAAUUGAUCCCGAGUCGGACCCUGAGGCGCUGUUCCGUAUCGCCUCUGACAAUGGCCUCAUCACCACUGCCGUGGAAUUGGAUCGGGAACAGGAGCAAUGGCAUAACAUUACCGUCAUCGCCACACAGAGAGACAGCCCCAACCAAGUCACCAGGGUAGCGGUUGCCAUAGAGACACUGGACAUCAAUGACAAUGCCCCCGAGCUGGACCGACAAUACAACACAGCUGUGUGUGACUCCAGCACUGCUGGACAGGUGGUGCAGGUGAUUCGAGCGAUGGAUAAAGACCAAAGCAGCCACAACUCUCCCAUCCACUUCAGUAUUCCUGCAGAGUCCAGCAGCUCGCUCAACUUCUCCAUUAGAGAGCGGGGAGACCACACAGCAAGUUUGGUGCUCUUGUCAUCCCUAAAGGCUUUUCCUCGAUUUUCCUCUUUACCUACUCUAAAAAUACCCAUAAUGCUUCGUGACGGUGCCUCAGACCUCAGCAGUACAGGAACGGUUACCGUUACGGUAUGUCCGUGCCAAAACGGAGGCAUGUGGGCAGAAGAACGAAAACAACAAACGAACGAGAAGGAUAAAGUAUCUGUGCUGGACUGGGAGAGACAGGUGGCGUGUUUGCCUUUACCGUCAAACUCUCUGCUGCUGGGCGUCAGCUCGGCCGCUAUGCUGGCCAUCCUGGCCUGUGUGUCGACUCUUCUGGUAGUGGCAGCGCUCUCACUAUUGUUGCGGAGGCAGAAACGGGACACACAGUCUCCAGUGGAGGAUGAUGAGAUCAGGGAGAACAUCAUCACGUAUGAUGAUGAGGGAGGGGGCGAAGCAGAUACGGUCGCUUUCGAUAUUGCGACCCUGAAGAGUGCCCCCCAAAGCAUGCAAAGAGCACCGCGGCUUCGGGACAGCAAGAAUAUUUAUUCUCAGGAUAACUUGGACAGCAUCAGAACCUUCAGUUGGAGUCAGAGUUUGGGUUUGGACCCGCGCCGUCCCGUCUCUGCACCUCUCUACGGACGAUACUGCUACAGUAUCCAGACACUUCCAGCUUCGAGAAACAGACUCGGCCCAUUCAGCUCCAGGCUGGACCUCGCCAAACUGGCCUACGUUCUUCCUGGCAGCCAAGGCCAGGUUGGCAGCCCUUUAGAAUCCGGUUCAGUAUUUAUCGGCAAGAACAGGGAUGGAUUAAAACAGAAAAGAGCAGACGGAUCCACCAGCAGCAUUCCAAAAGAGAGCGAAACAGGAAGUGAGGUCAUCUCUGAGAGCCACACACUCAGCCAGGAUCAGUCUGUGCAUUCGGAUCAGGUUCUGUUCAUGAAGGACUCCAGUCAGAGCGGUUCCUGCUCAGAGGCCUCCAGCACUUCUGUGAGCCAUAAACCUGAGUCGUCCCCUCACUGCUUGACCACACGUGCCUCCAUUUCCACCAUCACCACAGAUGACUCCGUCCCUGCUUCGGCUUUGGAUAAGAAUGGGGACAUUCCGCUCAUCAGCACCAGUCAGAGCACAUCUGGCCUGGGUACGACGGAGAUGCCGUUCAGAACAAUGGAAGGUACAUUGCUAAGAGGCGGCAGAGGGAUACCUUUGACUGGGACAACACUUCUUUACCCAGAAGCUGCUGGACUAAUGGGCUUGUAUGGGGUGGGCGGGCAGAAUUAUGUGCCACACCUAGUGAUGCCCCUCCCAGGAGGGGCGGGGCUGGAUGAAAGGGGGUGGGGCUUGGGGAAUGGGAAACUUGGCCAUGCGAACUCAGAAAAGGCAGGUGCAGAUUCGUUGACAAACCGUAUGGGCGAUUUCCUUCAACACCGUCUAGCCCUGGUGACCUUUGACCCCAUGCAGCCACCAUACGACUCGCUGCAGACAUACGGAUUGGAGGGGGACGGCUCACAGGCCACGUCUCUCAGCUCACUCGAAAGUGAGGCUGAAAAAGAUACAGAGGGACAGAAACACAGAUUUGAGGAGUGGGGACCCAAGUUUUACAGGUUGCUUGAUAUUUUCAGGGAACGAGCGAAAGAAAAAGAGGAUAAUGAAAAACAACAGGGUGAGCAUUUAAAAGAAGAACAUCAGGAGGAGGAAAUGAACAAGACAGAAGACGACAGUGAGACAGAAAUUCGGAAAAAAGAUGAAAAAACUGAUUUGAACGAGACAUGGCAGGCCGAGGAGGAAAACACAGAAGAAUUGGAAGCAAUACACUAAAGAGGAAAUGAAAGUAAAGGGGAAGGAUGUGAUGUCACGUCGUGAGCUUUCAAAAGCAAUAAGUGCUGAAAGGAGCCAAUGAGCACAAUCUGGACAAAGAGAAUUUUAUAUUGACCUGCCAAAAACCAGUAUGUCAGUGUUUUAGAGGAACAGAGAGUUUUACGUAAGUUACAGUACUCACAUUCAUUUGACGUCCAGCCACACACACAGUGCUAACAUAGUAAAAUACAAACAUAUAAAUCUUUCACAUACUGUAUUUCCAGGUUUCAAUCUCCGAUUUUC